AUGAAGACAACCUCAGCGAAUACGAAGAAGCGAUCCAGCUCAGUGAAGACGAGCUCAGUGAAGUGUCCAAAGUCCGAGGAUUCACAACACUUUAGUGUUACACUCCACCAUGGGGGUGAAUUUUACAGGGUUUUUGAAGAAGAAAUUAUAUACAGAGGGGGUACGGAUACGACAGUUAAUGGGAUACAUGUUUCAAAUUGGAACAUGGAUAACAUUGAGAAGUUGUUGAGUAGGUUAGGGUAUAAGGCUGAUUGUGUUAGGGUAUGGACAAAAGUUUUAGAAAUUCAAGAUGGUUUUUUUCUGAUUAGGAAAGAUGAUGAUGUUGUUGAUGAUUUUGCUCUAUACUUUAGUGCAAUGAAUGUGAAAGGAGAUUUGUAUGUUGAACAUAGUACUGGGAACAUGGACCCUGCUGAUAGGGAACCUAAAUGUGUGAAUGAUGAUGACCACCCCCCUGAUAAUGGAAUUGAUGGGUUAGAUGAGGAGAAGGUAGAGGGGUUAGAUGACAGUGAAGAUGAAAGAGCUACUGCUUACUUUGAUGGUUUUGAAGGAAUAGAUGUUACUAAGCCUAUUAGGUGGGAGCCCAAUAACAGUAUGGAGGAGCCCAAUAAGAGUAUGGAUUCAGAUGAUGUAUACUAUAGUGAUGAGUUGAAUAGUUCUGACCCAGAUGAUUCUUGUGAUGAAGAAAGGCCCAAGUAUGCUAGGUUUAGGAAAGAGCAUCUAAACAAAGACUUUAUAUUCAAGUGGGGUAUGGAAUUCAACACACUUGAUGACUUUAGGGCAGCUAUCCGUGAGUGGUCAGUGCUUAAUGGGAGGGAAAUUUCUUUUGUGAAAAAUGAGGGAGAUAGGGUAAGGGUGGUGUGUAAGCAUAAAUGUGGGUUUUUAGUCUUAUGCUCUAAGGUGGGCCACAAGGAGACUUUUGCUAUAAAAACACUUGUACAUAAGCACACAUGUGCUAGGGUUUUGAACAACAAGUCUGCUAGCUCAAAGUGGGUGGCCAAGCAUGUGGUAAAGAGGAUGCAAACUUCUGAUACAGUCAGGAUAAGAGACAUCAUCCAAGAUAUGAGGCAAACAUAUUCUGUGGGUAUUACUGUUGCAAAAGCAUGGAGGGCUAAGCUAAUUGCCAAGAAGAUAAUUGAAGGUGAUGCUGACAAUCAGUAUGCUUCCAUAUGGAGGUAUGCAGAAGAACUAAGAAGGGUAAACCAUGGCAACACUGUGAAGAUAAAUGUAGAAAGACCUAGUCCAUCCAUACAACCAAGGUUUGGGUCAUUUUAUUUCUGUUUUGAUGGCUGUAAGAAAGGCUUUAUUCAUGGAUGCAGACCAUUUGUGGGGGUUGAUGGAUGUCACUUAAAGACCAAGUAUGGUGGACAGUUACUUAUUGCUGUAGGCAGGGAUGCUAAUGAUCAAUACUUCCCUUUGGCAUUUGGUGUGGUUGAAAAUGAAACAAAGGAGAGUUGGAGAUGGUUUAUACAACUACUAAUGGAGGACAUUGGUCAGGAUAGAAGAUAUGUAUUUAUCUCUGAUCAACAGAAGGGACUUGUGGCUGUAUUUGAAGAAUUGUCUGAUACUAUUGAGCAUAGAUUAUGUCUUAGGCACUUGUAUGCUAAUUUCAAGAAAAGGUUUGGUGGAGGAGCCCUUAUUAGAGAUUUAAUGAUGGGAGCUGCUAAAGCCACAUACUAUCAGGCAUGGGUCCAAAAGAUGAAUGAAUUGAAGAAUGCAGAUCCCAAUGCUUGGACUUGGUUGAUGGUUGUUCCUACCAAAAGCUGGUGUAAGCAUGCCUUUUCUUUUUACCCUAAAUGUGAUACAUUGAUGAAUAAUAUCUCAGAGUCUUUUAAUGCUACCAUUCUAGCUGCUAGGGACAAACCUAUACUCACAAUGUGUGAGUGGAUAAGAAAAUAUCUGAUGAAUAGGUUAUCCACCUCUGCAAGUAAACUAGAAAAUUGGCCACAUAAGGUGAUGCCAAUACCUAGGAGAAGGUUAGAUAAUGAGGUGUUCAGGAGUGGUCAUUGGUUGCCAACAUGGUCAAUUGCUGAGACUUUUCAGGUUACACAUAGUUACAACACACAUGAAUUUAUUGUUGACAUUGCUAAAAGGUCAUGUAGUUGUAAUUUUUGGGAAUUAGUAGGAAUUCCAUGUAGGCAUGCUGUAGCUGCUCUGAGUUAUAGAAAGCAAAACCCUGAUGAAUUUGUUGAUGCUUGUUACACAAGAGAAAAGUUUGCACUAUGUUAUGGAUUUUCAGUAAGUCCAAUCAAUGGUCAAGAUAUGUGGCCAGAAGUUGAGAUGGAACCACCUCUACCACCUGCAUAUAAAAAUGGUCCUGAUAGACCUAAGAAGAUUAGGAUAAGAGAAAGUGGAGAGGAUGGUGCAAGGAAGAGAAGAUCUGGUGUUGCAUAUAAGUGCACCAAAUGUGAUAAUUUUGGUCACAAUGUUAUGACUUGUAAGGCUACCACUCAGGAUCCCAAUGCACUUAAAAGAAAGAGAAAACCUAAAAAAGGACAUGUGCCAACUGCAACUGAUAUGCCAACUGCAACUGAUAUGCCAACUGCAAAUGAUAUGCCAACUGCAUCUGAUAUGCCUGCCCCAACUGCAACUGAUAUGACUGUUCCAACAAAUGUGCCCUAA